CAGUCAAAACCUUAACGUGUUCAAUUUAAUCACAGAGUUUACUAUCCGUAAUAAUAAACCAGAGCUUUCAACUCAGCACUUCUUUAUACAAGCUUUUAAUGAAAGGCUGCAAGGAGGGGGAAGCACCCGCCUCCUGCGCAUGCCUCCUGCGCGUUACGCCGUGGGAUGGCCGGAAACCACGUGGGGCGCGGUGAUGGCGGCACAACAGGAGGUGCUGGAGCGGCUGCUGACCCUCACGGUGGAGCCCAGCUCUGUCGCCGAGGCGCCGGGCGUGGAGGAAGGGGAGCAGAGGUCGGCGAACUCUCCGGGCCCUCCAGAUAGCGAGAAGGGUGGCCCAGACCAGCCGCCCAUCGCUGAGGGAACGUGCCCUUCCACGCCGCCCACGGAGGCUCCCGGCGAACACGCCGCUUCGGACUCGGAGAGUGAUACAGAUUCAGAUAGUUCAUCAACUACAUCAUCCUCUUCAAGUUCUCCUUCGGUAGUAUCUGAUGAUGAUGAUGAUCAUCCGAAUGAGAAGGAUAACAGAACACACUGUGUUCGAACAAAAGAUGAGUUGCCCCUUGAUGAACUGCCUCCAGUUGAAGAUUUAAAUGUAAUUCUGCCUGAUAAUGUUGAACUGAAGCUUUUUGGGACGGUUUCCAGUAUCAUUGAGCAGCUAGUAAUAAUUGAAUCGCUGAGAGGCCUACCUCCAAUAAAUGAGGAAAGCAUAAUUUUUAAAGAAGAUCGGCAAGCAGCGGGAAAGGUAUUUGAAGUGUUUGGUCCUGUUCAGCAUCCCUUUUACGUGUUAAGGUUUAACAGCUCUGAACAUAUUAAAGCAAGAGGUAUUAAUGUGAAAGACAACAUGUACUUUGCUCCAUCAGUGGAGGACUUCACCCAGUACAUAUUUGCAGAGAAACUACAACAGGAAAAAGGGUCGGAUGCAUCUUGGAAGAAUGACCAAGAACCACCACCUGAGGCCUUGGACUUCAGUGAUGAUGAAAAAGAAAGAGAGGCAAAACAAAAGAAAAAGAAGCCACAAAAUCAAGGAAGGAAGAAAGUCAAAACAGAUACAAAUGCAUCAAGUGAGUAUAAAGGACUUAAUCAGCCAGUGCAACAGCCUGCUUCAAGUUAUUCAAGGGGAUACCAUGGCAGAAGAUUCUCUGGGGAUCCAUUUCCUUCUCCAUCAGGACCCCCAGGAUUUCCUAGACCACCCAUUAGACCACCACAUCUAUACUCUUCAGACAGCAGGAUACAUCAGGAGUCUCCAGUGUUUCCACAACCUCAUAGAAAAGAACAUCCAAUGAUGCAACAGUAUCCCUUUCCUCCUCCCGUUUUUGGUUCUGUUAAUGAGAUGCAUCAAUUUCACCUUCCGCCUUCAAACCCAAAUAUGAUUUGGACAGGCCCAAACAUGUAUAACUCGUAUCCAUUUUUGCCACCUCCGCAGCCACCACCUCCACCUCCUCCAGAUAGCCAUCCUCAGUUCAGGCCUUACUAGGUUUCCAUAAACGUGAAUUUAAUUAAUUUAAUUAAUAAAAAUGAAAAACAUAGGAUGUUGCAGUUUAGAGGGAGGAAGAAUAGGAUGCCUAGAUCAUGUUUGCUUGUUUUGGAGAUAUUUUUUUCCUGCAAGAAUGAAACAAAAACAGAGUUUAAUACUUUGUGGGAUGUCCACAAAAUAUUUUUCCUAUGUUCUUUUUGUUUCAAAGAAGAAAACUGUAUAGAAAAAAAAAUAAUCUGUUAUCAAAUAAUGGUUUAUUAUUAUAACUUCUAUCAAUUUAGGAUGCUAACAAAUAAAACAUUUUUGGAGACUGCUAUUUAGUGCUUGAAAUCUCUUCAUUAAUUGAAUUUUAAGUAACUGUUUUGUGGUAAUUGGGAGUAUUUGGUGUAGCUGUUAUUAAUAGUCUUAGUUAUGCUGCUGUGCUAAACGCUUUUUAUUUUUGGCAAAUUUUAAAAUUAUUUAUAUGGAAAAUAAAAAUCAGACCUAAUUUUUAAUCUAGAUUUACCUUUGUUUAUACAAGUUAUAAAUGCCUGCUCUUCAACUUCUAACACUUAUUUAAUUUCAUGUUAACUGAAAGAAUGGAGCUGGAUUAUCUGUUUUAAUUGAUGAGAGUAGCUAGAUCAGAGUUUGAACCAGACACUAAAUUACUUGGUCAGAUCUGGUAUUCUACAAUAGCUAUAGAAGGACAACACUGAAACCUAUUGACUAAGAUACUUUAAGGUUAAUAUUAGGAUGUAACUGCAUAGAGUGGGAAAACUAAAGGCAAUAGUAACUUCUGUAGGUUGUUUUGCUAUGCCUAGUGCUGAAAUGCCCAUGGAUGCGUAUAGCAUUUCUAAGAAGUCAUCAGACCUUAGAGAGAUGAUAUUUAAUUUCAGACCCUCAUUGAUUGCAUUUUGGACUCAAAAAGCAUGUGGCACUGGAUUGGCUAGGUUUUUCCUGCUGGCUUCUGGGAGGGGGUAGAAUUGUCAACCAAAAGCAGUUUAGAACAAGCUCUUCCAGGCCAAAGUUGCAAUUCUGCAGUUGCAAUUUGUUUGUAUCUGAGGAUGUGGCUCUGACUGACUAGAAUAAAAACAUUUAGCUUUGCAUAAAGGUGUGUGUGUGGGGGGGGUAACAGGAUCAUAAAAAUUGCUUUUUUCACAUUGAAAAUAUCAUUAAUAGUUAUAUAAUUGGACAGAGUGUUUAGACUUGUACAGCAAUUGUUUUUAAUCUCACUCAUUGGCCUCAUUAGGUUCUCUGGAUAAGUAUUUAAAGGCUAAUUAAGCUCUGCAGGUAUUGUUUUUUUAUCUUGAAUUCCAAAUAAGAAUGAAGCGAAACUUUAACAUGUAAAUGAGGUACUGUCAUCUAAAGAGGCUGUUAAAUCUGUAAAUCUAAUUCAUAGUUUCUUUUAUAUACUGACUGAAGUUCUAAGAUUUAUUUCAUAGGUGCUCAACUGAGGAAGGCUGCAUAGAUCUCAAAUAUGAUUGAUAGUAAACAGAAGGAGAGUUCUAUAUAUACAGCAGCGUCAAAUUCUGUUUCAGAACAGUAGCAUUUGGUAGUUUGGUUCUUGCAGAUUUUUUUGUACAAAGACUGUCUAGUAUUCAUUUAAUGUAAAUGCAUACAUUUUGCGAGGGAUGAAGGAGGUGAAUUUCUGUCUGAGUUGUAACCCAAGUAUUGCUAUUGGGAGUGACAGGUGUUAAGCUUUGUAUUGAGUUCUCAAUAUAGCUGCAGUUAAUACCAGGUUUGGUUUAUCUGAAGUUAACUCAGUUGGAGUUUUAUUUUUACUUUGUUUAGCUGUGAAAGCAAAUUGUUAUGACUGGAUGAAUAUGAUUAAUUUUAUGUACUCUUAAUUGUACUGUAUACAGUACAAUUUUAUACUGUGUAGAAAGUGAGUUUUGUUAUGAUGUAAGCUCAGUUUUUAAUGCUUGGAUAUAAUCUGCAGUACACUGCAGGACCUUUGCUUGGAAUUCACUUUAGUUCUUGAUGAUAACAUUAUUUGAGAGCCAGGUACUGUUGCUGAGUUUGAAAUAUAUAAUGAAAUAUGUUGAAAUAAUUUUUUUUUUCUUUGUCUAACCAAAUUUGGGGUUUUUUUUGUUUUUUUUUUUUUGUUUUUUUUUCUGUAAAACUUUAACACUUGCAUGCUACUUCAGUUAGUAUUUCUAUUACAGAUGCAUAAAGAUAGAAAGGUUCGAAAUGUUUUCCUUCUGGCUAUUGAUGGCUUCCAGUCCUGAUGCUUAUUAGGAACUCACUGUAGUUUGUUUCCAUUCAAUAAGAUGGUUGGGAAGUUUGUAAUAAAAUGCUGUUUUUGUGUGUGUG